UGUAUUAAAUAAUUUGACGUUAAAAAUAAAUCCUUUAUUUCAUCAUAUUUCAAAUUUAAAAUAAGAUACACAACACUUAUAAUGCUAUGUUUUCUUUCUCUCUUUUGCCAAACAAUUUUUUAUGCGUGGUCAAGACAGAUGACGAAGCAAGAUUGCAUCGCAAUUAUCAAUUUAGCGUAAUCAUGUAGCACUUAUCACUUCCCACACUCCUGUCACGUACCUAUAUAUAAACCUAAAUAUAUAAAAAAAAGUGCUUUGCUUUGUAAACUCAAAUCGAUAACUUAAAACAAUUUAUUCCAUACUUAUACAAGAUUUUUGAAAUUAUUUUCGAAAAAUAGUGUGUUUAUAAUGGAUUUAAAAGAUAAAGUGGCGAUUGUAACAGGUGCUAGCGCUGGCAUUGGAGCUGCUACAGUCAAAGCCUUGUUAAAACAAGGCAUGAAGGUGGUUGGUUUUGCAAGAAGGCAAGAAAAAAUUGAAAACUUAGUUGACAAUCAUAACGGAAAAUUAUUUGCCCGAUGCGUCGAUUUAACAAAACCCCAAGAUAUUAUCGACGGAUUCGCUUGGGUUACCAAAAAUAUUGGUCCCGUACACAUUCUAAUUAAUAACGCCGGUGUAUCUAUUGCCUCGUCAGUUUUAACGGGAGAAUUAGAAGCUUGGCAACAAAUCAUGGACACUAAUUUAAUGAGUUAUGCAAUAGCCUCUAAAGAAGCUGUUAAAAUUAUGAAGGACAAUAAAAUGGAGGGCUACAUUAUCAAUAUUAAUAGUGUCGUAGGUUAUUAUGAUCUGUUUAUACCUGGUAAUGUUAUGUAUCGAUCUUCUAAGCUCGCGUUAAGAGCUAUGACAGAGAAUAUUCGAGUUGAAUUAGCUAGGAUGAAUAGCAAAAUUAGGAUAAGUUCUAUAUGUCCGGGUCUUGUAAAAACUGAAAUGAUGUCUGUAAAUUAUGGCGAGCAGGCAAGUGAAUCUUUUUACUCCAAAUAUCCACAUAUUACAAGUGAAGAUGUUGCAGACACUAUUGUUUAUGUGUUAUCCACACCUCAACGUGUCAAUAUUUCCGAACUUAUAAUAAGGCCUACUGGGGAAGAUGUUAAGCAAAUGGCAGAUAUUUAAUUAUAAAUGUACCACAUUUACCACACAAUAAAAUGAUUCAGUAAAAAACUUUUAAAAUGUUAUAACUACCCAUAUUAUACAGACAAAAUAACGUUUUAAUGUAUAACGCAAAAUUAUACGUAUGUCAACGGAAUUUAAACAUACAAUUUAAACAUUUCUUGGAAUUAAAGUGUGAAGUUAACGUGGCUUCAUUUGAUCUCAAUUCUUUUAUGAAGUUGAGAAAGGUAAAUUUUAUUAAAUAAGUGAUAAAGUGAUACCCCGAUAAUUUUUUUCAUUAUUAUACAAUGCACAAAAUGUGCAUGUAUAUAAAAUAUCGUCAUUGGCCACCUCCGAAUUAAUGGUAAUAGUA